AUUUAUUAUUAGGUUCGAUUAUGAGAAGAUAAAUGUAAUGAAAGUCUAGAUUUUCAUACUUGAUCUUGACAUAUUAAUCAUUAUCUAUCUCAUGAAAACACGAGGCAUGUCUAGUGAAAUACGACCCUUCAUAAGUGAAGGUCUGCGGACUCUAGAGUGGAGUUUGAGUCGAAUUGGAAUCCAUUUAUUACUUUGAAUAGUUAGAAUGAUAUAUAUAUAUAUAUAUAUAUAUGUAUGUAUAUAUUGGUAUCAAGAUAGGUGCAAUUACACAUUGAUAAAAUGCAAGAUAAAAGGUUAGUAUAAUUCAAGGAUGGAGAUCCAAAAGAAACUAAUCUAACAUUACUAAGGAUCGAAUAGCUACCAUCUUCAACUUCGGGGACUGAAUCGGAACUAUUCCAUGUUCCCCACUUUGGAUGUAUAUAAGCCCAUAAUUUAUUAAAUUUCCCGGAAUUAAUCUAAUGGCCCGAAAUUCAAAUUUUUAGGGGUCGUUUGAAAGUUGUGAUUUCAAAUGGUGUAUUGACCUAAUUCAUGUAUUUGUGAGAUUAAGUCGUUUUUUUGACGUAUAUAGAACUAGAAUACAUGUAUUUACUUUUUGGAGGUCCCACCACAAUCACUCAAUAUUGAGGGAUUUACAAUCUCUACUUUUUGUUGUGAUUCUUCACAAUCACUCAAAACUAACUUUUUUACCUUUAGAACAAAAACACAAUCUAAACCUCCAAACAAGAUAUUUGCCUAAUACAUCAAUUGAUUCAAUACAUCAAAUGAUAAUACACUAAUUGUCUCAAUACUUCCAAACAAGCCCUUAGUAACCCCACUUUGCCACAUUUCCCCCAAUCCCAAACUAACGGGCAACGGCAUACAUACACACAGUUCUUCUUCCUUCCCACUUCCGUCAGUUCCAAAGAUAAACAAAAAAGUUACAAUCUUUCGCUGUGCUUCUCGCACGGAUGAAGCAGCCACUGUUCUCGUCAACUUCCCGGAGCGGAAUCCCCCGGCGGGAAGGAAACUCCACUUCCUCCAACUCGUCGAAGAUGACGACCAAGAAGAAGAAAGAAGGAAGAGAAGAACAGGGGAACAGCAGCGGCAAUAGUAAUAAUAGAAACCCAUUUCAAGAUCUCAGCAAUGGCGGCAGCUUCGUGGAUGUCAGUAGCAGCAUGGGUACGAUUAGUUCUUCUUCGGUUUCCUCAAUCGAAGCUCCUCGGGGCUGUCUCAGGUUCUUUCUCAAUCACUCCGCUGCUUCUCGUUCAAAACCCCAGGUCAGUAAUAGAAACAAUCGUAGUAACCAUCACAGACCGGUGAAUAUCAAAUCCAUACCCUGCAAAACCCCGAAUUCGGCCCCUAGUUCGAGACCCAGUAGGCGAAAUUCGGAGAAAGUUAAAGGGAUCGCUUCUGCAUACUUGAACAAGCGGCAAUCUGGGAUGAACCCUAAACCUAAUUCCAGGGUUUCAAAGUUGGACACUAUGGGGAAUCCUGUGAGCAAGUUGGAAAAUUCUGGAUCUGGAGAUAGAGGUUGUAGUGUGGAGGUAUGGAAUUCGACUCCUUUGAGAAUGAUUGUAGCUGGGUCUGGUUUGAAUGUUACAAUGAGUAGAUGUAAGGAAGGCAGUAGCUUUAAUUCGAAUUCAGGGAGCAGCAACACGAAAACGCCUCCACUUCAUGCCUCGGUGUCUCCAGAGAUACAACAACCAUGUCAAUCGUCGGCGAUUUCGACUGCUGCCACCAACCGGACUACUGCUACUACGACACCAGUUUGUUAUGGUGCUGGGCAUCUUCUCUCAGGGGUUACCGACAAGAGAAAGUGUCGGCCUAGGGGUUUACUUGUAGUAGGGGAAGCUAAACCUGUUGAUAAGUUUGACAUUGAUGAUGAUCAUGAUGCCGAUGAUGUUAUAGUAGAUGGUAAUGAGAUCAAUCUUUCACCGUCGAAUUCUCCUGUCAAGGCUUCAAUGCAUUGGCUUCUGUCGCCCGUUAACAAGGAGAAUGAGUGUAGUUCUGGAAAUGGUGGAGCACAGAACACUGGGGGGAGAAUGAGACGUGCUUCUUCUGUCACAUCUUCUGAUAUGGACAUAUCUCCUCUGGAAGAGAAAAUCACUGGCUGUGGUGUAGAAGAUAGGUCUCCAUUCUCCAUGGACUUAUUGUGCAGUGUCAAUUUAGUACAAACCCCAGAAUCUGACUCUGGAGAGAAAGGCAAGAAAAACAAUCAUGGCUGGGGCUUCGAAUUGGAUUCAGUCGAUCAACAUUGGCCAGUUAGUUCAUCGUUCCGGUUCGAUUUGCCAACUACAGCUCCCCAUUCUGUUGUUGAUCUCUCACGGUUUCAGAACCCUCUCGACAUCAGGGAAUCCCAGCUUUCCACUUCCACUUUCGAUGAUAUGUCGCAUUCUGAAGUCAGAAUCUCGUGGAGAGACGGGUUGGUGAGUCGGAUCUUUGAGAUGGACGAGCUGGAUUGCUGCUGCAAGUGUUUAUCCGACGAAGAAGAGGAUUUAGAGGAUGAACCUCAUCAAACUCACAAGAUCGAUCUCGAUAUAGAGGACAUUCGAACAUCGAAUGCAUCAAUUGAAUCUUCUGCUGAAGGGCAACAUCAUGUGUUAGAUGGGAAAGCUGAAGAUGGUCUUCUUCUUCCUGCUAAGGUCUCUUGUGAUCUGCCUGCAGAGUCUAUGAACAUAAGUACUGAUGCUCUAUUUCGAUCGGAUGACUCAGAUUGGACACAAUGUUACAAAAAUCAACUGUUCAAGGUGUAGAUAAGCGCUGAGUCUCUUUGUUGUAACCUUCAAACUGUUAUAGACCAAACACUGUAUUUGUUCUUCCUCGAUUUUCAAUCAUAUUUAUAUGGGUUGCAGUCUUUGUUUCUUCAAGCAAUAUGGUCUGCGCAAAAUUGAAAUUUGUUGAAUUUUUUUUUAUUCUAAUUUACUAACUAAAUCUUAAUUCCGUUGUGUUCAAUUAUUCGUAAUUCGUAUAAAAUGUAGUUACACAAAGCAUAUUUAUUGGACACAAUGACACAUAUUCAGCUCAUUUACUCGUACAAGUCAAAUUUGAGAGAAAUCCUAAGAUUAAGAAAUGAGUUUGACCUAAUAAAAACGUGUAUAACGG